AAAUGAGUGACGAACCAUGGCAUGAUCCCAAUUACCCGGUCUGGUGGACUAUACGAUUAGGCUCGUUACCGGGUUAGUUCAGCUCUCCCCUUCGCAUCCCGCGACAGACAUUCCAAUGGUCCAGAAGUACGGAGUAGCCAGCCGUACGGAUGCUCCUUGUACGUACCCGACUCCGCGUGUGACUCCGGACAACCGAUGGACGGGUGUCAUGAUAUCCCAGUAUCCUGAUGGCUUAAUGAGUCUGUCGGCCAGUCAGACCAGAGCUGAUGUUGCAUAGACUCGGCCAGAAGGAGGAGCGAAUGGUCAGGAGUGUUCGGGGUGAGACUGGCAUAUGGGCGCGCGUGACACCACAUGACCGGCGAAAAAGGGAGAAAAGCCCUUCGGCCGGGCUCCGCGUGGCUUGUGAAGACAGUGGGUCGAGAAAGGUAAAAAGGUCAACGCUCAGCUUCAUUUGGUUGAGUUUCGGUGGGCAUCCCCUUGGCACUCUUAAGAGUACCAAUUAUUUACCCCGCGUUGGUAAAGACUGGGGAUUCGGGGAGGUUAAGUGGGGGUGUGGUGAGUUGAAAACACAGAGGGGCCCUGGUCCGCGAAGGUCACAGGAGAAUAGCCACAACGAACGGACGUCAUGGCUUGCCAGACUCGAAGGUUCACGAAGAUAUGGAACUGUGGCAGAACAAGAAUUUGUGGGGGGUCUCUUGGCCUCCGGGGAAAGCUUGGCGAUGGGGGAGAAACAGAAGUCAAUAAACCGCAUUUUGAUCAUCGGAGAUAGAAAAGUUGGUCAUCAUGAUGGAAGAAGGUGGGAAGAUAAAGGUAGGAUAAACAAAGAGGGAAUUUGGGAAAAGAGGAAGAGAGUCUAGGCGCAGGAGCAGCUGCUUCUCUCUGACUCAG